GCGCGAUUUGUGCAAACUAAUUUGUGCAAAAUCACCACUGAAAGUUGUAAAAAUUAUCAAUGAAAUCCGCUUUGUCACGGCUGCAGUCGGUGGAGUGUUCGAUUGGUUAAAUAGUUUCCACAAAAACGCGACCGACUAGCCGCCUGGACUGCUGCGAUUGGAAAAGUGCUUUCCUCGGUUCUACAGUGAAGUGAGACUCCCAUCUUUUUUUCCCCCUGCUGGUAGAUUUUCGGGCGGAUGGAAAAUCGCUAGUUGCUAAAACCAGAAUGUAAAGGAAAACAUCUGUUUACUUAGUGAAGUCUUUAACAUAAAUAUAGAGUCGUUGCUGUUUGGAAAUACAAGCCGAAGGUGGCAGCGUGUAGCGAAAAGUUGAAAAUAAAAUCACCUAAUAUAAACAAGAGAACCUGCGUUGCAAGCAAGCGAGCGUGUGAGCGAGUGGGAAACUAGCAAAGCCAGCUAAUAGCGUUGCAUAUGGAGAGAUAAGACCAGUGUGUGGUGUGUGUCAAAGAAGUGUUUUCUCCCCAUCGAAGCGUCUCUUAGAGAGUGUUUUCAGCAGCUCGGAACGCACUGCCAUUAAUCGGGCGAGACUAAUCUGCGCACGCGAUUAGCCGGCAGGGGAGACGGAGGAACGGACAGAACCAUAUUUGGACGGAACGCCGGCUAGGCAGGAAAGCGAGCACAGCGCACACAGCACAACACGGUCACAAUGGGCUGCACAUCGUCGGCUGAGGAACGCGCUGCCAUCGCUCGUUCGAAGCAGAUCGAGCGCAAUCUUAAGGAGGAUGGCAUCCAGGCGGCGAAGGAUAUCAAACUGCUGCUGCUCGGCGCUGGUGAAUCUGGGAAAAGCACAAUCGUAAAACAGAUGAAAAUUAUUCACGAAAGUGGCUUCACGUCAGAGGACUUCAAACAGUAUCGACCCGUAGUUUAUAGCAACACGAUACAAUCGUUGGUUGCAAUAUUACGAGCGAUGCCAAACCUCAGCAUCGCCUUCGGCAACAAUGAGCGAGAGUGCGACGCAAAGAUGGUGUUCGACGUGGUGCAGCGGAUGCACGAUACAGAGCCAUUCUCGGAGGAUCUGCUGUUAGCGAUGAAAAGACUGUGGUCGGAUUCCGGUGUGCAAGAAUGCUUCUGCCGUAGCAACGAGUACCAGCUGAACGAUUCCGCUAAAUAUUUCCUAGAUGACCUGGAUCGAUUGGGCGCCAAAGAACCUACUGAGCAGGACAUUCUGCGGACGCGUGUCAAAACCACCGGCAUCGUGGAAGUGCAUUUCUCCUUCAAGAACCUAAACUUCAAACUGUUUGACGUCGGUGGCCAGCGAUCGGAGAGAAAGAAGUGGAUCCACUGCUUCGAGGACGUCACCGCCAUCAUCUUCUGCGUUGCCAUGUCGGAGUACGAUCAGGUGUUACACGAAGACGAGACCACGAACCGCAUGCAGGAAUCGCUGAAACUGUUCGAUUCGAUCUGCAACAACAAAUGGUUCACGGAUACCUCAAUCAUCCUGUUCUUGAACAAGAAGGAUCUGUUCGAGGAGAAAAUUCGGAAAAGUCCGCUGACAAUCUGUUUCCCCGAGUACACCGGUGGCCAGGAGUACGGUGAAGCAGCAGCCUACAUUCAGGCGCAGUUCGAGGCUAAAAACAAGUCAACAUCAAAGGAAAUCUACUGUCACAUGACUUGUGCAACGGAUACCAACAAUAUCCAGUUUGUGUUCGAUGCCGUUACCGAUGUUAUCAUAGCCAAUAAUCUGAGAGGAUGUGGUUUGUACUAAGCAGCAGCAGCAGCAGCAUAGCCCCCGAUGGGGCGACGCGGCGGGGACAAACCGACACAGCCAAACACCGAACCGAACCGAACCGUUGUUGAGAGUUCGCAGUUGGCUGGCUGGCGUAGAUGCUUUUUGUUCUUGUUUUUCGUUUUUUGUACUCUAUUACUAUUAUUAUUAUAAUUAUUACAGUUGGGGAAACAUAGGCCGGGAGAAAACAGUAAUUAUUACAAAUUUGACUAUAAAUAUUGCCGAGUAACAAACAAACAAACAAAAAAAGGAAAGAAAGUUUAUAUUAGGAAGGCGUUAGGCUGCCACAAAAGCAAAAAAAAAUGAAGAGCAAGUAAGCAAACAGUUUGGGGUUUGAGUGAGGAGUGAGUCGAUAGAAUACUAUAGGAAUAAUGAAGGAUAAAGUAUGGAUAUCGGUGUUCAUUACGAAAAUAGUGCAUAUUAUACUAUUUCUUUCGAUGAUUGCUACAAAACAAAACAGAAACAAUUGCACACAUACGACACAGGCACACUCACACACACGUACAUUUUUUAUAGAAAACAUUCUCAACGGGUGAACCGGAAAUGAUCCGCAUCUCAAUCUAUUCAGCAAUCAGCUAGAGGCAUUAACAACACUGAACACAUACAUACCUACAUACAAACAUACAUACAUACAUGCUAGUUUGAGGCAAACUACACUUAAGCGCUCACAAUUUAACAUUAAACAUUAACAUAGUUUCGUAUAUGCAGAAUCAGCGCACUCGAAAAGGAGAGAAAGCGAGUUUCGAAAUUUUACCCAAAGUUAAUCAAAUAAUAUGAUUUAUUUAUACGCUAUUGCAACUUGUUUCGUUAUAGAUUUAUUUAUUUAUUUUCGGAUCAACUGUUGUUUUUUGCCCGAAACGCAGUACGACAGUAAAGUUUUUUAAUGCAUUUGGUACAAUCAUUUUGACUCUAGCACAAAUAUUGUAACGCUUUUUAGUACAUAUUCAUCAUGAUAGGAAUAAGUUGUUUCAGAAUUAAAACAAAGUGACAACAAGAAACAUGAAUACGGUACGAUGCCCUGGAAGCAGCAUGCCAUGAUUUCGCGAAACCAGGCUGCUUCGUGGCUCUUGAAGAUAAAAUGAAAAAAAACAACAAGUGUACAUAUAAUUAUUCAUCCACUCCUUUAGAACACAUAAAAAAUUAAAAGAAACAAAAACGAAAGCAAACCUCGUGCAAAACUAGAAAUUAACGCUCAUCUAUUUAUUGCAAAUUGUGAUUAUUAUAUUCGACUAAAUCAUUUCACUUCUGCUUUUAUACUAUAGGUAACUCUGUGCACAAAUUACAUUUACUUGCCGUCGGUUAAUAGUUUUUAUUUUUUUGCUUAAAGCUUUUUUCGCUCAAAUUUUGACCAACAACCAACAAAAAUAGCAUUAGUUUAAAACGAAAUGUUCUAGCGAAUUUAUUGUACAUUCCUGAUUUGAGCAUACAAAAUGAGCAAAGCGUGUUGGAAAGAAAUAAUGUCAGAAUUGUCUGCAACUCACCGCACACACCGAAAAGUAUUACCCUGUAGGAAAAUUCUUCUCCAUAGUUUGUUACGGAACGAUGUUUGCCUUCCGGUUAAACUUUUGACAACAAUUCGUCGUCGUCAGGCUCGCUCUGCUGACGGCUAUCAUUUGCUAUAUUUCCACCUGCCACUCAAACUAUACAGCACAAAGUCGCCGAAGAUUAUCACGCAAAGUUUUCCAGACAAGACAGCCAAAGAACAAUCACCAGCCAGGGACGGUGACUGUGUGUUGUGUUGGCAAUGGCAACGAUGUAUAGAAUUUUCCCUGUCACGUGAGGACAAAUCAUGGCAAACUAUACGAGCACAAAUGGUUUUUCGAUUGCACUCUGAGUCAGAUAGAAUCGUUCGAGACAAUCGCAAUUCUGACAAUUAUUAUCCAGUUCGGCAUUUCGCUUCCAACUGCAAAACUCUAAUUAUUUAUUUUGCUUUAUUCAUUAGUGAUAUACAGUUUAGAAAAAUGAGAUCAAACAACAUGUAGACAGGAAGUACAGUACAUAGAAAGUUGAAAUCCUUGACAUCAUUUGUGCCAAUUUUAUAGAAGACAUCGUACUUUCGUACUAGAUUUUUUACCAGAGGGCACACGCAUUUCUGUUUCUGUCACUCCACCCACAGCAGUGACAAACUUGGUAGCACACCACUUAGGCGCCCAAUCAAUUAGGAAUCUCUUUGAAGAAAACUGAAAAAGAAAACCAAUCCCGAUAAUCCUCAUUAGUGAACUAUUUUGUCGCUUCAAUAAAUAGUAAUCUCGACUUAGAACGAGACCAACUAGCACACGAAACCCCUACACCGAAACACUGAAAAGAAAAACGACCAAACAACAAUAUUUUUAUAAGAGGAACAUCAAAACUUCGUACAAAUGACAGAUGUGUUAGAACGAAAUCAAAUCUCUAUUUUUUCUAAACUGUUUCAUUGCGUUAGAAAAUCGAGAAGGAACUUUCCAGCUUUAAAGUUUAGUUCACUAAUAAUUUAGACAAUCGUCCCUGUUGUUGUUUGAAAUACACUAGUACAACAUUUGUAUUGCUACUAUUGAUAAAUUUUUGGUAGGAAAGAAGAUUUCGAGUAACAACAGGUGGUAACCAGAAUGUCAUUGAUUUUGCAUAAUAAAAGGUGAAGCAGCAGUUUUCUUGGAAUUUGCAAAAUUUCCAAGAAAGGUAACAAAACAAAAUGUAGGAAAAAUGUGUGACAGGCAGCUUGAAAUUUUACUACUAAAUCUGAAAAAAAAUCACACUUCACUUCAGACGCUUGCUUCUUCUUUAAACUAACUUACAAGAACGGUUGACAGCUGAUAAUCCAAAAUUGAACUCUAGUCAGAGCAGCUGAAUCUACUACCAAAUCUCGUUUUGCGACAGAACACGCAAUUAAAAAAAAUCCUAGGUUUAGCAAAUCGAUCUAAGCAAAACUGUUAUGUUGGAGAUAAGUCUUCUUUUUACGACCAAAGCCAUAGCAACAUACACGCCCACAUUAGCCAAGCAAAAAAAAAAUGGCACAAAACAAUCACCGCCUCCUACGUUGAUUAUAUUAUAGUGCUUUUGUGGUUCACAUUAUCGUUUAACCAUAUGAAGCAAAAUACUUUUUAUUGUGAAAUAAAUAGAACACUGUUCACUAUAACAAUUUGAAACUACUAUCAGAAUCACCUAAGAGAUAGUAAUCUUGCGCAUUUAGCUAAAUAAUUAAACAAAAUCCAUUCAAGGCAUAAUUUCCAAGUAAAAAAAAAGCUAUUAUUACAACCAAUUGAAGAGUAAAGUUAGAAUAUAUUUGACGAAAUAUAUCCGCUUACAAAAUAUUAUUAGCGCAUUUUUUGAAAGCAAGCAAACCUAAAUAGUAGGAAGAACGAAGAUAGUUCAGUAGUUUAAGUAAGAAAGUCUUUACAAGAAAAAAAACAAUGAAAGGACAUCUAUUCAAAGCAAAAUCUAGAAUAGGAUAAAAUAACAACAACAACAACAAGCAAAGCAUAAACUUCAAACCUCCAGAUAAGAACAACAAUGAUAACAACAAAAUAUCAAACUACGCCAUCUUCGAAUCAAACCGAUAUGAUACCGCGCGGCUGUCUGUACCGACGACCGACUCCCAGUUAUUGAUGGGCUGGGAUGGAAUGGAGGGAGAAGUUAGCGCAGCAAACCCAUUACAUAAAUCAGGCCGUAAAAAAUUGAACACAAAAAAAAACAAACAUUUCUACGUUACAUGGUUCAGAUCAGAUGUACAAAAGUUUGAUCGGACGUAGGGGGAAAAAAUAAGCCCAGUAAAUCGUGAACAAAAAAAAUCCAAGUUGUCGAUGCACUAUUUAAAAACACGAGAAAAGGAAAAUUAGCUAACAUUAAGGGAAACAAAACAAAACUUUAAUCUGUAGCCAUAUAAAAAAUAAAACUAAUAAAAAAAAACUCGAACAAACUAAAAUACAAGCAAACACGGAGAGAUCCCCAGUUAUAGAUACAACCAGAAGAAGAAAAAAAAACCCAAAAUCUGAUAAGAUUAGAAGGAGGCAAAAAACUAGAAAUUCAUCAUCAUUAAAUUACCUACUCGUAAGAAAUCAAGUAACAAGAAAAGCAAAUCAUAUACACAGUUUUUCCUUUUGCUGAACAGUUGUUGAAAAAACCAAACAAACAAACACACACACACAUACACAGACACGAUCCAACCAUUUGAAAACCGAAAUGGCCGAAGACAUAUUGAACAAGUGAACUCACAAAGCAGAGCAGAGCAACACAACAGCAACAACCAAAAGAAGAAGAAGAAAAAAACAAAAUCAGUAUGAAAUAUCGCUCCAGGCUCGCUGGAAGGAGCAACCAAAACCAAUAGAAAUUACAAAAAUUAACACUUUAUUGAGAACAAAAAAAAAGUAAAAUAUAUAUUUAACUUAAUGUGUAUGUAAUUUUAUGUGUGAUGUAAAAAAUCGGAACAAAUAAAUGCGUUUU